UUUCGGUGCUGUACAAGGGGGAGGGGGCGAGGGAGGACGGGACAUGUGGUUCUCUGCAGUGACCUAUAAAAGUACCGACUUUAAUUUUCAAAAUCAUUGAAAUCCGAACGCUGUGCUUUUAAUGCUUAUCGUUUUUGUGCGUGGGGAAUUUAUUACGUCAUAAACUAACUGUUGUUUAACGCGUUCAGGGAGUUAUUGGUGACACUCGCUAGUUGUGUUGUCUUUGACUGUUACUGUGCACUGGUGUGCACCAUGCCCUUAUGUCGGAGCUGAAGCCAGACGCGGGUCCCGGGUCCGAAACCUCUCGGCCCGGCGGUGCCGCUAACUCUAACAGGCCAUCCUGGGGGCUGUGGGCGACCGGGCUUCUUGGGGGGUCUCUGGUCGCUCUUUACGCAGUGGCCACCCCGUUUGUCGCCCCGGCCCUCAGAAAGGUUUGUCUACCCUUCGUACCCGCGACCCCAGCCCAGGUGGAAAACGUGCUAAAGGCGCUGCAGACGCGGACCGGGUCGCUGGUCGACAUCGGAAGCGGGGAUGGACGGAUCGUCAUCGCGGCGGCGAAGAGGGGAUUCCGGGCGGUGGGCUUGGAGCUGAACCCCUGGCUGGUGUGGUACUCCAGGUACCGCGCAUGGAGGGAGGGCGUCCAUCGCCACACCGACUUCUACAUCUCCGACCUGUGGAAGGUCAGCUUCUCUCAAUACAGCAAUGUCGUCAUCUUUGGAGUCCCUCAGAUGAUGGCACAGCUGGAAGACAAACUGCAACGCGAACUACAGCCUCCCGCCAAAGUCAUCGCCUGCCGAUUCCCGUUUCCCACGUGGGUACCAGCGCAGGUGACAGGGGAGGGAAUGGACACUGUGUGGGUGUAUGAUGCCAGAUCCCCUCGUCAGCCGGAGAUCCGAGACCUGCAAGAGGAGCUGUGCUGCACAGGGAGGCAGCACCAAGAGGAGUGAAAUUGCAAAUCAGAUCUUUAUAUUUCUAAAAUGGAGUUUGGGCAAAGGAUGCUUUAGACUUUUUGAAGAAAACUAAAAGAGAAACAACACAAUAAGGGGCUUACUGAACUGUUGUCACCAGUUUCAAAGACUGAAGCCAGAGAGUGGUGGUUUGCAUUCCAAGACUGGGUUGAACGUAAAGUACUAUAUAUAGCUGCCGUGUAAGGACAGGAAAGAGGCAGUCUGUCUUACUUCACUGUUCCUCUGAAUCAGCGUGUGUACAGUUUCAGGAGAACCCUUCUCCAUUUCAAGGCUGCUUGGUUUUACUUGGCUUUUGAGUGUCCGUUAAUAAGUGUGUGUUUUAAAGCAUAAUGGGCUCUUAAAUCAUGCUGAAUGAGAUCAUGAAAUACUACAUUCUUAUACGUAGAUAUGGCUUUGGAGAUAACUGUGGAAACAAAAAUGAAUGGUUUCCUCUCUCCUGGGUAAAAGCAAACGAGCGGCAGUAUGUUCAGGUGAUGAAGUAGUACAGUGAGGGUCCCUGCCUUGUGAGUGAUCUGAGUGUGCAGAUUGUAGUAGCACUCUUGUGUGGUAAAUGCUAUCAGUUAUCCUGGGAAUUAAAAAUAACGAGGCAAACAUCUACUGUUAAUAAUAUUUCUUCUUUGACAGUAUAGUGUAUAUUAGCACAAGGUGGUGCUGUGGAUAUGUUACUGCCUGAAAACAUGGUGGUGAAUGGGCAGGAGCAGCACAAGAGAAAAUCUUUCCCUGAGAGCAUUUUGUGCUGGUGUGCUGUCUAUUAUUAGCAUGAUCUCCACUGGACCAACCCCCAGUACACAUUUUGCGUGUGUUAUACUUAAAAUAUAACCUACUGGGCUGUAAUUUAUGUUUAAGAUUUUCCAAGAGAAUCUACAUUGAUGCUUAUUUUAUUACUCGAUUCCAUUUAAAUUGCAGUGACCGGGAAAAAAAAGCACUGUCCUUCUGAACACACUGCAGCCCAGUGCUGUAACACUGACCUACUGAACACUGCAGCCCAGUUCUCACUGUAACACACAGCAUAAUUGAUACAGUGACAAAUCAGAAAUUGUUACAAAAUUCUGUUUUUAUCUCUGGACCCACUUGAGUCUGUCAUAGUUGUUCCCCAGAUCCUUUGAAGUUUCAGCUGCUGCACGUUCUUCCUAUAUUGGUUUAUCUUACUGCCAGCUGUGGAGUUCUCAAGUUGUAGUUGGCAUCAGAAUAAGAUACUUGGCUUAAAAAAGUUAUAUUUGAGCUUCUCAUUAAAUACAGAAUCAUCCAUGAUCCAUGACAAAAAUCCAUAGCAUAUAAUUAUUGCUAUCCAAAGUUAAAGGAGUUAAACAUUUUGUUUCAAAUAUUAGUUUCAGCUAAUUGUAAGCAUUUGUGGUUUGAGUCUCAUUGCAGAAGUUGCAGUUUGUAUUUUUUGUUAUUAUUUCGCUUUUUGAUUCCUUUUGUUAGCUUCACAUUUAAUACUUGCUCAUUCACUUGCACCAGCAUUACAUUCAUUGUUUGGCUUUUUCUAAAAAAUCUUUAUUUAAAAAAAAAAACAUUUUUUAUGUGGUGUACUAAAGAAGUUGUCAAUGCAACAGGCCUGUCAUCAAUCCAAUUCACAGUCGAUGAUUAAACAUUUCUUAUAUGUUUUCUGUGUAUAGUACCUGUCCCUUUUCCAUUCAGGUGGCUCACCCCUGAUCUUCUCUCUAGUUCACAACAUCACUUUUAGUGAAUUGUAAUUCACUCAUUUGGCAAUAGUCAGCAUUCAAAACAAUGGAAUUUGGUAAAGGAAUGUUAUCUCAUUCAAAUCAAGAAAUAACCAUCUGCUUAAAUUAAUUGUUAAGCUUUUAAGAAGUGGAGGUCACGUUAAAAUAUGUGCAGCAUAUGUGUAAUAGGAUGGCAAGGUUUAAUCAAAUCAAAGAAGGAGAAAAUGGUCAACAUGAUUACAGAAUAAACUGCUACUGCGCAGGCUCCAUGUCCUGAUUCUCUACAGCAGGUAGAGAAUCCUGAUCACUUCAAUUCCCUUGCAAGUCUUCACUCCAGCAAAUAUUUUAUUAUUGAAGGCGUCUUCAGCUUCUGGGGUCUUAAACAAAUUAAGGAUCAAUUCAAUGAUUUAUUUGAAGAUGCGUAGUCCUGUAA